CCCGCCCGUCUGCUACAACUUCAGUCUGCACACGGAACAGAAACAGGAAGCUGAGACUUGCAGCGUCUUUUUCUCUCAUGUUUGGGCUCAACUUUUUAAACCUUCAGUGGUUUCAUUUGAGUGGAUAUUAGAUUUUGAGGUUAAAAGCUGCCUCCUUAAGUGUAAAGGAGGAUGUCACAGAUGAGCAGUGAAGUGAUUAAAGACACAGAUUUGGACGAAUGGAGACCGAUCGGAUCUGGUGGAUAUGGAAGUGUCUGGAAGGUCAGACACAAAACAUGGCGGCUUGAUUUGGCCGUUAAGCUGCUUCAUAAUACUUCAAGCCCAGCUGAGAUCAAGGAUCUAAACACGGAGGCUAACCACAUGAAAAGUUUAUUUUUUGAGUUUGUGGUGAGACUUUAUGGAACUUAUGAUGGAACGCCAUCUUCUGAAGAGUACAGGCGGCGGGGUUUAGUCAUGGAGUACAUGAGAAGGGGAUCCAUUGAGACCCUGCAGAAGGAAAUGGCCGGCCCUCCUCCUCUGCCUCUGGCGUUCCGUUUGGCUCAUCAAGUGGCUCUAGGAAUGAACUUCCUCCACUCCAAGGGAGUUUUGCACUGUGAUCUAAAACCAAGCAAUGUGCUGCUGACUGAUGAACUCAACGCAAAGCUGGCAGACUUUGGUCUGUCGAGGGUUUCCGCCAGUGUUUUGGACAAACGUAAAAUCCCAUCAGAAGAGGUUGGAGGCACUUAUAAAUACAUGCCACCCGAAGCUUUUGAUUUAUCCUAUGAACCAGUUCGUUCUUUUGACAUAUACAGUUAUGGCAUCCUCCUCUGGUCCAUCGUUACUGGUCAAGAACCAUACAGAGGCAAAUUCUAUUCCCUCGUAGAAAUGUUGAUUCGAAGAGGAGGAAGACCAAAAGUUGAUUUUUUCCAGAAACAGGAACAAGGGAUGAAGGAGCUAGUUACCCUUAUGACACAGUGCUGGGAUGGGAACCCAAAGAAUAGGCCAAAAUCUGAAGACAUCACAAAAGACACUGAAGGGUUGUUCUUAAAGCACAAGUGCAAAGUUAAUGUUGCUGUUCAUAGUUAA